AUAUAUAUAAGACAAAGGGAGAUAGAGAGAAAGACAGAGAGACAGACAUUAUUAAAUUUGUGAAACACAACACUGAAGUUGAGAAGGCAAGACAGCACAGUGCAGAGCUUCAGCUGGUUGAGAAUCAACACCCAAACCAGAGGAGCAAAAACGAAUAAAAAAACUUAAAGAAAUGAAGAAGCCAGAGCAAGAGCAAGARCAAGAGCAAGAGCAGGAUGAUGAAGAAGAACAAGGAUGCGAAAUCGAAGCCAUUGGAAUCAGCUACAAGAUCCCAACUCAAAACCCCACACCGCCAUUGAAGACCUUCUUCACCAGAGCUUCACAUUCCCACCACAAGCACCACCGCCACGUCCUCCGCGACGUCAAUUGCCGGGCCAAAUCCGGCCAAAUCCUGGCCAUCGUCGGCCCCAGCGGCGCCGGAAAGUCCUCCCUCCUCGAGAUCCUCGCCGGCAAAAUCACCCCCGACGGCGGCUCCAUCCUCGUSAACCGCCGCCCCCUCCGCCCCUCCCACUUCACCAAAACCWCCGCCUACGUCCCCCACCACCACUCCCUCUUCCCUCUCCUCACCGUCGCCGAAACCCUCACCUUCACCGCCCGCCUCCGCCUCCGCCUCCCUCCGCCGUCCCUCGCCGCCAAGGUCUCCUCCCUCAUCCACGACCUCGGCCUCUCCCACGUCGCCCACUCCCCCCUCGGCGACCACCGCCUCCGCGGCAUCUCCGGCGGAGAGCGCCGCCGCGUCUCCAUCGGCGUCGAGGUCAUCCACGACCCCAAACUCCUCCUCCUCGACGAACCCACCUCCGGCCUCGACAGUACCUCCGCUUUCCAGAUCAUCGAAAUGCUCAAAACCACCAUGGCCACAACCAAAACCAUCAUCCUCAGCAUCCACCAGCCAGGCUUCAGAAUCAUCAACCUCUUUGAUUCCAUUCUCCUCCUCUCCAAUGGCUCUGUUCUCCAUCACGGCUCUGUCGAUCACCUCGGCCUGAACCUCAGCCUCAUGGGUCUCGACCCUCCCCUUCACGUCGACCUCGUCGAAUUCGCCAUCGAAUCAAUCGACGCCAUCCAACAGUCCCAAAAUCUGCACCCGAUUCACCCCCAUUCAAUCCCCCAAUCGGAACCCAAAUCCUCCUCCAAAUUCACCCUCCAGCAGCUCUUCCAGCAAUCCAAGGUCAUCGACGAAGAGACCAUCAAAAUCGGACUCCAAUCCGUCCACCCCCCCGGUUUCGCAAACUCCCGAUUGCAAGAAACCGCGAUUCUGAUGCACAGAUUCUCCAAGAACAUACUCAGAACCAAGGAGCUAUUCGCGUGCAGAACAGUUCAAAUGCUGGUCUCCGGGCUGGUUCUGGGGUCGAUUUUCUACGAUCUGAAAUUCGAUUUGGAGGGUGCCGAAGAACGCGUGGGGCUAUUCGCUUUCAUUUUGACGUUUCUGCUAACGACCUCCAUUGAAGCCCUCCCGAUUUUCUUACAAGAGAGGGAGAUUUUAAUGAAGGAAACRUCCUCCGGAAGCUACAGAGUCUCCUCAUACGCCAUAGCCAACGGAUUGGUGUACCUUCCAUUUCUACUAAUUCUGGCAAUUUUAUUCUCCGUCCCAUUGUACUGGCUGGUGGGGUUGAACAGAAAUCCAUUGGCGUUCCUCCAUUUCUUGCUGCUGAUUUGGCUGAUUCUGUACACGGCGAACUCGGUGGUGGUGUGUUUCAGCGCGCUGGUGCCGAAUUUCAUAGUGGGGAACUCGGUGAUUUCUGGGGUGAUGGGGUCGUUCUUCCUGUUCUCGGGGUACUUCAUAGCGAACCAGGGGAUCCCCAAGUACUGGAUCUUCAUGCACUACAUUUCGGUGUUCAAAUACCCGUUUGAGGGGUUUCUGAUAAACGAAUUCUCGAGAUCCGGGAAGUGCCUGGAGAUGAUGUUUGGGGAAUGCGCUGUGAGAGGAGAGGACGUGCUCAAGGAAGAAGGGUACGGCGAAGAGAGCCGGUGGAGAAACGUGAUGGUAAUGGUGGGUUUCGUUUUGAUUUACAGAUUCGUUUCUUAUGUUAUUCUUCGAAUUCGCUGCUCGCAGAAGAAGGGUGGUUUCGUUUGAAGCUGAUGAUUAUGGCGAUGGCGAUGGCAAUGGCGAUGKCGAUUUCUCUCUCUUCACGGAUUGUUCAGAAACAGAGUGCAGAAGAAACGAAAAGAGGGAAGAAGGAGGUAGUUUUUUUWWUWUUUUUUUAUUUUUUAAAUAACUUAUUAACUGUGUAGUGAAGAUUAUACUGACUGACUGACACGUGGUUGGUUGUUUGUGGCUUCUGUUUUCUUCCCCCAACAAGAUAUGUAAAUUAAACCUUUUUUUCUUUUUAUUUUUAUUUUUUUGUUAUGAUUCUUAGUAAUUUCGAAAGUUUUGAUUUAAUCUA